GAGGCCACCCUGGUGGCACCAGAGCCCUCUCAGGCAGGCAGACCCAAGGCCUCCCCGCCACACCUUGUUCAUGGAUUUUGUCGCUGGAGCCAUCGGAGGCGUCUGCGGUGUUGCUGUGGGCUACCCCCUGGACACGGUGAAGGUCAGGAUCCAGACAGAGCCAAAGUACACAGGCAUCUGGCACUGCGUCCGGGAUACGUAUCACCAAGAGCGCGUGUGGGGCUUCUACCGGGGCCUCUUGCUGCCCGUGUGCACGGUGUCCCUGGUAUCUUCCGUGUCUUUUGGCACCUACCGCCACUGCCUGGCGCACAUCUGCCGUCUCCGGUACGGCAGCCCUGACGCCAAGCCCGCCAAGGCCGACAUCACGCUCUCGGGAUGCGCUUCCGGCCUCGUCCGCGUGUUCCUGACGUCGCCCACUGAGGUGGCCAAAGUCCGCCUGCAGACGCAGACACAGGCACAGAAGCAGCAGCGGCGGCUCUCGGCCUCGGGGCCCUCGGCCGUGCCCCCCGUGUGUCCUGCGCCCUCAGCCUGCCCAGAGCCCAGGUACCGCGGGCCGCUGCACUGCCUGGCCACGGUAGCCCGUGAGGAGGGGCUGCGCGGCCUCUACAAGGGCAGCUCGGCCCUGCUCUUACGGGACGGCCACUCCUUUGCCACCUACUUCCUUUCCUACGCCGUCCUCUGCGAGUGGCUCAGCCCCGCUGGCCACAGCCAGCCAGAUGUCCUGGGCGUGCUGGUGGCUGGGGGCUGUGCGGGAGUCCUGGCCUGGGCUGUGGCCACCCCCAUGGACGUGAUCAAGUCGAGACUGCAGGCAGACGGGCAGGACCAGAGGCGCUACCGGGGUCUCCUGCACUGUGUGGUGACCAGCGUGCGAGAGGAGGGACCCCGGGUCCUUUUCAAGGGGCUGGUGCUCAAUUGCUGCCGCGCCUUCCCUGUCAAUAUGGUGGUCUUUGUCGCCUAUGAGGCGGUGCUGAGGCUCACCCGGGGUCUGCUCACAUAGCUGGUCCCCAUGCCCAGCGGCCCACCCACCGGCAGCUGCUGGAGGUUGUAGUGGCUGGAGGAGGCAAGGGGUAGUGUGGCUGGGUUUGGGACCCCACAGGGCCGUUGCCCAGGAAAAUGAGGAGCGUCCCUGCAGUGUGUCGGCCGAGGCCUGAGCUCGCCCUGCCCAGCUACUGACCUCAGGUCGAGGGGCCCGCCAGCCAUCAGCCAGGGUUGGCCUGGGGUGGCAGGAGUCAGGGAGGAGUGGGCCUCUUUGAUGAGAGCGUGAGUCGCAUGGAGUCAGUUGUUCAUCCCAGCUUCCCCAUGGCCCCAGCUUCCCAAUGGCGCCCGCCUCCCAUGUCUUUGAAGCACCCCUCCAGGGAGUCAGGUGUGUGCUCAGCCACUCUCUGCCCCAUUCCUAGACCCUUGCCCCCACCUCUGUUCCUGUGUCUUCACGAGCCGUCCCUUAUAGGCAGGGGCUUCCCACAGGCUGGGGGCCUCGGGACGGGGAGCAUGAGCUGGGCUGGCACCACGACUGAGGGCUCCCGGCCCGGCUUCUUCCCCAGAGCAGGCUGCUCCGAGGGGCUGCUGCCAGGACUGCCAUGCCCACCUGGCAGGGGCCCGGGGUGGCCAUCCUCUCCCGGUUAGGGAAUUUGGGGUGAGGUUCCUCAGGAGCCCUCACUCUGCCUGUGGACGCUGCACCUGUCACUUAAAGACCCCAAAGACUCUGUUGGGAACUGCUGUCAAUAAAAUGUUUCUGAGGAUGUUCAGGGCUGUGGCUCCAUGGCCGUGGGCGGACUGUUCCCUGCCCCC